ACAGAAUUGUUACCGUCAAACUUUUGAUAGAUGACCUAGACGUUUUUCUCCAUAUUAUAAUAUAUAUUUUCAUAAUUAAUAAUGGCUCCGAGGAGAAUAUUACUAAUGAUAAAUCUCACCCGAACUGAAGAAAUAUAAUACAGUGUAUGUGGUUCAGACAUUGAUAAAUGUUAGCACUGGCUAUGGCAUAUCUGUGAAAGACAGAGAGAAGGGAGGUAGAUUUUUGCUUAAGUGAUUAUUAAAACUACCAAGAUGCCCCCGAUAGGCUCGCGUUCGUCAUCGAGAACAGGAGGAUCGAGAUGGACUUCAUUAAGUCUUGCAUCGCGACUGAGGAUGGGAAAGAAGUCUGAUAAAGCCAUGGUUAAAGACAAAAAUCAGUCAUCUGUCAGUCAGGAACAACAAGAUGAAAAUUCUUCAAAAACCCCAGAGCCUCACAUGUGCAGUGGUCAUUUUCAAGCUGAUUUUAUAGAGCUGUGUCGCAGAAAUAAUGUAACUUUUGUUACACCCAUUGUACUAAGAGGUAAACCCCAACCACUACCCAGUCAGGUACCUGAAGGUAAACCAGAAAAAGGUAAAGACAAAGGUAAAGCCCCACCACAACCUGAGCCUGAACCAGAACCUGAAUUAACAGAAGAUGGAGAACCUAUAGAAACACCACCUAAGACGUACGUUACAAAGGAGAAAUUUGACUAUUUUAAACCAACUAUUGAUGUGGAGAUGGAUAAUCCUGAUAAAACUGAUACUGUUUGUGAAGUUUAUAUAAGAGGAUGGAAGAUUGAUGAUACAAUGAUGCAUAUAUUCAGACAGUGCUGGCCAUCCAUGGAUAAAUUACAUACUAUCAAUUUGUGGCAUGCUGGAUUAACUGGAUCAACUGUUAGUAUCCUAGCUUCCUUUUUACCUGUAUGUGCUACACUAAAGAAUCUGAUAUUAGAUGGUAAUACAGUUAAAGAAGAGAAUUUCGGGGAAUUAAUUGGAGAAGAAUGUUUAGUACAGAAUGUAUCAUUGAGAUAUUGUAGCAUUACUGAUAAAGGAGCUGAUAGUAUAGGAACGGCUUUAGGUUCGGCUAAAAAAUCAAACACAAAAUUAUUAUCGUUAAAUUUAAAUGGUAACCAGAUUACAGAUGUCGGAGCUGGUCAUAUCUCUAGGGGUUUGAGAAUGAACAGGAAUCUGUUAUGUCUGUCUAUGUCAAGUAAUAAAAUAGGAGAUAAAGGAGUUGUUAAACUAGCAGAGGCAUUAUCUAGGUUUUCAUUAAAACAUGAAGAAGUUGUAGAAAGACGUCGUCAAAUAUCAGAGAAAGGUUCUCCUGAUAGAAAUAAAUCGCCCCCACUUAGCAGAAGAGCUCAUUCUAAUGAUAGACCUGGUAGCGUACGAUCAAACACUCAAACAGAAAAGGAUAAAUCAAAAAGAGACAAGCCAUCUGCUAAAAAAAAGGAUGCCAAAGGAAAAGAUGCAAAAGAAGAUGAUAAAAAAGGAACAAAGGGAAAAGAUGAUAAAGCAGGAACAAAAAAAGAACCACGGGGCACAAGAGGAACUGCUACUGUAAGCGGGAAAAGUUCUGGUGCAUCCAUGGCUGCUGAUGCUGGUAAAAAUGCUGGAAAAACUAAAGACAGAAAGAAAAAGAUGACACCCCAGGAACAAGAGCCAACAGAAGCAUCUGAGGUGAUUAAUCCAUUAUUAGAAGUAGCAGAUUAUAUGGAUGGUGAAUUAUGGGUUGCUGGCAAUCGUGUUUUAAUCAAUCUCAAUUUAUCUAGAAAUCAAGUAGAUGAAGAGGGUGUACGGGCUUUAUUAAAAGCUGUACAAUAUCAAACAACAUUAACACAAUUAGAAAGUAAACACAGUGGUACAGGUUUAAUGAGGAUUAACCUCCAGAGAAAUCCAAUAUCAUCAGAUAGUGAAGCAUUAAAGAAACUACAUGAUUUAAUGUUGACUAAAGAUCCAUUCUACAAACCUUCACCAACACCAGAUGCUGAAGCUGCCUAAAAUACAACAAUUAAGGAUAUCAAAAUAAAAUAAAAUAUACUUAACAAGAAUACCAGCAAAUAUUCAUCAGCUGCCUAAAUUACAUUUUAUUCUUUUUGUGCAGUAUUAUAAAUACAACCUGGAUGUUAUAAAUGGGUUGAUCACAAUAUCAAAAUAAGGACAAUGAACUUGUUUUAUUUUAUGACUAAUCAGGGACCAAUAAUACAUGCAGCCAUGUAUUGUUUGUUUUUCGAGUCAUUUGUAUAAUAUAUAAAUCUGUGAUAUAAAAAAAUGUAAUAUAUGAUAUAUAAUUUAGGGAUAUUUUAAAACUGUUAAUUAUUCUCAAUAGUGUGUAUAAAGUAAUUGUUGAAUAAUAAUAAUACUGAGUGAAAUAAUAAAUCUAAAGAUAUA